GCUCCCCGCCGCCCGGGCCCGGGCCGGCCGCGCCGGGGGCCGCCGCGCCGCCGCCCCGCUGCUCCGCCGCCGGCCGGGCAUGAGUUAGUCGCAGACAUGGACACCAAACACUUCCUGCCGCUCGACUUCUCCACCCAGGUGAACUCCUCAUCCCUCAACUCCCCGACGGGCCGAGGCUCCAUGGCUGCCCCUUCGCUGCACCCGUCCCUGGGGCCCGGCCUGGGCUCCCCCCUGGGCUCUCCGGGGCAGCUGCACUCUCCCAUCAGCACCCUCAGCUCGCCCAUCAACGGCAUGGGCCCGCCCUUCUCCGUCAUCAUCCCCAUGGGCCCGCACUCCAUGUCGGUGCCCACCACGCCCACUGGCUUCGGCACGGGCAGCCCCCAGCUCAACUCGCCCAUGAACCCCGUCAGCAGCAGCGAGGACAUCAAGCCCCCCCUGGGCCUCAAUGGCGUCCUCAAGGUCCCUGCCCACCCCUCAGGAAACAUGGCGUCCUUCACUAAGCACAUCUGCGCCAUCUGUGGAGACCGCUCCUCAGGCAAGCACUAUGGGGUGUACAGCUGCGAGGGCUGCAAAGGCUUCUUCAAGAGGACGGUGCGCAAGGACCUGACCUACACCUGCCGGGACAACAAGGACUGCCUGAUCGACAAGCGCCAGCGGAACCGCUGCCAGUACUGCCGCUACCAGAAGUGCCUGGCCAUGGGCAUGAAGCGGGAAGCCGUGCAGGAGGAGCGGCAGCGCGGCAAGGACCGGAAUGAGAACGAGGUCGAGUCCACGAGCAGCGCCAACGAGGACAUGCCCGUGGAGAAGAUUCUAGAAGCUGAGCUGGCAGUCGAGCCCAAGACCGAGACCUAUGUGGAGGCCAAUAUGGGUCUGAACCCCAGCUCGCCCAACGACCCCGUCACCAACAUCUGCCAAGCCGCAGACAAGCAGCUCUUCACCCUCGUGGAGUGGGCCAAGAGGGUCCCGCACUUCUCUGAGCUUCCGCUGGACGACCAGGUCAUCCUGCUGCGGGCAGGCUGGAACGAGCUGCUCAUCGCCUCCUUCUCGCACCGGUCCAUCGCCGUGAAGGACGGGAUCCUCCUGGCCACCGGGCUGCACGUCCACCGCAGCAGCGCCCACAGCGCAGGGGUGGGCGCCAUCUUCGACAGGGUGCUGACAGAGCUGGUGUCCAAAAUGCGGGACAUGCAGAUGGACAAGACGGAGCUGGGCUGCCUGCGUGCCAUCGUCCUCUUCAACCCUGACUCCAAGGGGCUCUCGAACCCGGCCGAGGUGGAGGCUCUGAGGGAGAAGGUGUACGCGUCGCUGGAGGCUUACUGCAAACACAAAUACCCGGAGCAGCCGGGCAGGUUCGCUAAGCUCCUGCUCCGCCUGCCGGCUCUGCGCUCCAUCGGGCUCAAGUGCCUGGAGCACCUGUUCUUCUUCAAGCUCAUCGGGGACACGCCCAUCGACACCUUCCUCAUGGAGAUGCUAGAGGCCCCGCACCAGAUGACCUAGGCCCGCGGGCCGGCCCUCGCGCCACCCCGUCUAGCGCCCCGCCGGGCUGGAGCCCCGCGCCCGGCCCCGCCUGGCCCGUGUGGACCUUCGGGGGCAGCCUGUCACUGCAGCUCCGAGAGAUGUUUCCAUUCUCGUUCACCUUGAUUCCUGCUUGUGCCUGGCCCAGGUCGGGGCUCUCCUGGGACUGGUGCGAGAGCGUCCCAGCAGGCCCCCGGGCGGCUCCGGGGCCCAGGGCCGCGGGAGCUGGGAAGGGGCUCGUCCGCCUCCGUCUGCUGCGGCUGGUGCUCUUCACCCGCGCGGGGACAGGAGGGGUGGACGGGGACAAGGCUGCGAGGCACCGCAGAGCCACCUCGCCCUGGGAGUCAGUCCGGCAGGGACCGGGCCACCCACCACCCACCGCAGAGUUCAGGGCCACACGCCUCUUUUCCAAAGAUGAUUUGGGACUUUGCCCCUGGAGCUGAGAACAGGGGCUCCCAGUGGGCCGUGGGUUUGGGGCCCGUGUAGGCUUCAGGGGCCGGGGCCACCCGGUCGCUUUGCCUCUGUUUCCUCUCUGCAGCAUUGUCUGGGUUUUAGCUUCUCCCCACCCCACCUUCCCAUCCACCCAGGGCAGUGAGACAGCAGUGCCCGGCCUCCCCCCCACCCCGUGUCUCCUCCCGUGGCCGGUGUGGUGGGCAUGAGCUAGCCCGGUCUCAGAUGGCCUUGGGAGGAGCACACGGCGGUCACUGCAGACUCUGCUCACCUCUUCUGUGUGGAUGUCGGCCCCCCAGAAGGCCGCGGGAGGGGAAGAAGGCUGCCGGCCCGCGGGCAGUUUGCGGGGACUUGUAGAUGAACCACACGCGCGGGGGUCGAGGUGCUCUGUCCUGGUGCCAGUGGCCACCGGCACUGUGGGGUCCUGCGUGAGCCUCUUCUCUGGCCCGUGGGGUCCCCAGAGUGGCCUUGGGUGUCUCCGGGUGACGUUUGCCCAGAGCCUGAACUAGGGUUCCAUCUCCGUGCUCUGGGCUGGGCCUCAGCCCCUCCUGCCGCCCCGCCCCGCCCUGCCCCGCCCCGCGCAGGGCCCUCUCAGGUUGAACAGCCUCUUUUGCACUGUAGGCCUCACGCUGGCCCCAGUACGCGUCACGCUCGUGUCUCAGAUCCCGGGGCCCAGGGGUGUCAGAGCAGGCGCCUGAGUGGAGGGCCCGGGUGGGCGGGCUGGGGGGUCCAGGGAAGGGCCGCGGCUCUCUCUCGGCCG